AUGGAAAACGUGCAAAAAGCAAACAGUGACGAGGAGGAAGAUUUCGAGAGCGCCGACGAGGGAGAAAGCCACGCUAAUGCCAAAGGACAAAGUAACUUAAGUGAGACUCAUGACGUCGAAAAUAUUAAAAAAAAUUGCAAAGACCCCACACCAGGUCAACUUGAGGUUGAAAAACCGAAUGUUGACCAGCAAAUUUUGGAUGAGAAGACCGGGAGUGAUGAGAAAAUAGUGAAAGGUGAAGGUAAUCAGAGUGAACUUAGCAGCUCAGAACCUUUACCACCACCAGCUGACCUCUCAGCCAAUCAACAAACUAUUAUUGGUGUGGAGAAGAAAGAAAAACUGAGCUCAAAUAAUGCUGCCAACAGUGAAUUCAAAGAAAGUGAAAAGGAACAACCACGAACUGACACUUCUGACCCAACUAAAGUUUCUACCGUAACUUCUGGAUGGGGCUGGGGGUCUUGGGGAGCUGUGCUGAAUCAAGCAACAAACACCAUGACGUCUGGUUUGUCUCAAGUUAUUGAAAAAGUGGAGUCAACUCUCGGUAUACCUGAACCAGGGGAGCUCAAGAUAAGGCACAUUCCAAAAAGCAAAGAAGAUGUUGUAACGGCAGAACCGAAUCACGAAGUCCCAGUUGAGGAAGUUCACUCGAAUUCUGCAGAUACCGACUCAUUCUUUUCAUCAUGGGGCCUAACUUCCUUGUCGAAUGCCUUCACCAGCAAAGGAAUCGAGUUGGUUAACGAGGGCAUUGGUGCAUUGGAAACAAUUGGCAAGAAAACGAUGGAUGUCAUAUCAGAAGGUGAUCCUGGAUUUCGAGCAAAAAGGGAUGUGUUUAGAAAGCCAUCAUUAUCUCAGGUUUUGCGUGAAGCGAAAGAGGAAGAUGCAAAGCAAGCUGCAGAGAAAAGAACCAAAGAUAUUUUGAAAAAAGUGAAUUUCAGUGACGAGUUUGAUCGCUUUCAAGGUCUUGCUCAUCUCGAGGCACUUGAAAUCCUUUCACGGGAAUGUGAGGCCAAAGUUGAAUCCGCUUUGAUGGAUGUAUUUGAAGACGAGUUAGGGAUUGCAAAAGAUAAGCUUCGGGCCAUUGAAGAAGUGUUCAAUAAAGCGUGCAAUGCGCAUGACCAAGACAAUCAAGAUAACGAUGACUCUGUAAAAGACGAUUUUGCUGUUCAGAUUGGUAAAUGCUCAAUGUGUCUGAAACUAUCGUAUGUACCAAACAAAUUGAACAAAACCGAAGAAUCGGUCACGAAGUGGAUCGAGGAAUGCGCCAAAGAUCAGAAGGAGUCUGAGGCGAGUCGUACCUCAAAUGAAAUCUUCUCGCAUUUCGUAAGAAGCUUUGCGGAUGUUACAGCAAAAUCGAUUGAAAUGUACAGAAAAAUUGCUGAAAUGAUCCUUAUGGCGGAUGAGAAGAGAGAGGAGGAGGUUGUAUCAGCCGAAGAGCGUGCGAAGACCUUGCACCGUAUCACAGAAGUAGUAAUUGAUCGCAUGUCGAGUUUAUCAUCGAGUUAUGCGCAAACACUGAAUUCGGCUGCCGAUGUAACAAUGGAGGAAGGUGACAAUAUUACACCGUUGAUCACCGAGGUUUAUCUUGAGUGUUCAAAUAGUUCGUCGCUUGUACAGGACGCAUUCAAACUUCUCCUGCCUAUUUUGGAGGUAUCUGCUCUGAAUCAUAUGAGCGCAAGCUCUGGGAAAUAAGGAACUCAUCAAUGCCGAAAUUUUAGUCUUUUUUGGCUUAUUAGCAUAAAUAUCAAAAUGCAUCUGAGCAAUUUCAUACAUGUGGGAAAAUUUAUUAAGUAAAUUAUGGGCUUCUGUUUGUACUAAGCAUAAAUUUCGGACUUAUGCUCCAUUCAAAUACAUAAAAUUUAGUAUAUUGUACUGGAAGAUCAGGGGCAUUAAUAGUCAGAUUGUGUUAAAGUAGAUAACACGUUGAACAGUGGGAAUGUCUGGCGGCUUACAUAAACAUCUACAAAAACACUUGAAAUGUCUUCUAUUUCAUAUUAUAUUAUAAAGAAUUAUAUCGUGAUAUUAUUGUCAA